AUGGGGUUGAACAAACGUGAUAAGCAGGAUAAGCUAAAGACCCAGAGUUUGCUCGAUUCGGAGCGAUCGCACCACACGACAACGUCGAUGGUGAUGGUGGACCACGGGACGAUCGCGGUCCCCCUCGAGUCGAUGGCCACCGUCACUGGGCACAGCAGUUCCUCGGUGGCGGCCCACUCGUCCAGCAGCAGCAGCAAGUCGGAACAGUUCACCACUACCCGUUCGUCCGUGGCUGGGGCCAGUAGUGAGAUGCACAGUACCGGGAAAUCCGUCCGAGUGACCGGGGACGAAUCGAGCUCGAAAGUAGCCGAGCAAAAGUUCAGCUCCGUGAGCAGUGUGCGCAGUGCGGCGAGCAAAUCGAAACAGAUCGAUAACAUCAUUGAAGAGAUUCAUCACAUCGCCAGCGACACGAUCGGUACGACCGAGCUGAUUGGCUCGGUGGGGUCGUCAUCGUCGUCGCACGGUGCAGGGAACGUGACACAGGACACGGUGCUAGUGACGGGCACCGGGUCCAAGAAGCACUCGAUCGUGGGUGAUCACGGGACCACUACUAGUGCCGCUAGUGAGCAAGUGAUAUCAGCCAUUGGGCCGAGUAAGAUCGAGAUUACGAAAGUGGCUUUCGAUCAUGGCGCUGCCCUCAACACUGUCAGUAGCAGCAGUAGCACUAAGCAGCAGCAGAAGAGCAGCAGCAGCAGCAGCACCAGUGCCAUAAUGCAGAAGGAACAGAUCCAGCGCUCAUCGCAAAGUGCAGUGCGAAGUGAAAAGCUCUCGUCUGAAUCGCAAUCGAGCAAAAGUGAGCACACGAGCAGCAGUACAACGACGGCGCACUCAUCGUCUAGCAAGACAUCGAAAUCGGAAGGCCUCAGCCAUAGUCAGCUGACAUCGUCCGAAACAUUCCAUUCGCUUGCUGGUGCCAAUGCAUCUCAGGCCCACUCAGUGAUCAACGUUGAUCGACAGAAUGGUGCCGUGUUCGGAGCAGCGCCCUCUACGAUCGUCCCAAUGCAAGAUCAUUCCACGUACGAUCAGCAAUCAUUCCAGACCGUGGGCGCCGAUGGCCGCACCCGCCAGCAAGUCGAUAGCCAGAGUUACUCCAUGGCUCAAAGUCAGGCCCCGACAACCAAGACCGUGUAUGAUACGGCUGGCAAUAAAAUCACCAGCACGUCCUCGUCGUACCAAGCGGCCCAAGGACACAGCACAUCGUCCUUCCACACUUCCGGUGGAUCUGUGGAUCACUUGGCCACCGACACGACCGCGACCGCUAACGUUUCCAGCUCGAAGGGCACGACGUCCACGUCAAAAAGUACGCUCAUCGACUCAACAUCGCUGGAAAACUACACGAAAGCGCAGGACACUAACGCCCAGCACGCCAGCAUGCUGGCGAAAACCGAGUCCGCACACACGAUCGCAAGUCUGUCGUCGGUGCACGAUGCGCUCGCCAGUACGAUCCAAAGCACCCAGCUGGUGACGGAAUCGAACCAAGCGGACAGCAGCAGCAGCAGCCACACCGAGCAGCGCUCCGAGUCGACUACGACCCGCGAGUCCGCCUCACACUACGCCCAGAUGGACGAGCAGAGCAGCUCCCGGCGCAAGACGUCCGAGUUCCGCGAGCAGCGCGAAUCGAAUGCCGCCAUCUUGAAGCGCAAGAUCUACGACGAAGGUGGGCGCCGCUUGAACUUGAUCGACGAAAAAAUCGUCCCCAAGGACGGUGUGGCGGGCGAGCUGCAGGACGACGUGACCAACGUGACGAAGACGUCCUUCGAAGCGAAACUGUACAAUCCCAAGCUGAAGCGCUGGGAGCUGGUCGAUCAGAAGACGAUCCUCGAGAAGGACGUUACCACCGAAAUUCCGGCGGAGAUCGUAAAGGAGCUGGAAGUGGAGCGGCCCGAGCUGGCCAACAUCACCACCACCAUUCAGCUCACGAAGGUGUAUGAUGCAAAGACCAAGCAGUGGAAAACGGUGGACCACAAAAAACACAUCGAUGUGCUGGAGAAGAUUACGUUCCUCGAAGAAAACUCCGGUCGGUCCGAGCUCAACGAGUCGGAACAAUCGAAAAACCUUCGAUCGAUGGACGUGGUGGACCGCGUGACUAUCAAAGAAGUGAAAGAUUUAAGCGAAGACAAACGGCAACAGCUCAGCAAGUCCAAGAAGCGAGUGGACGAACGGACCACUCAGGAGCAGUGCAUCUGCGAAAUCUGCACAUGCGGUCGUCCAAAAUAUCUUCCAGGAGAGCGUCCUAAGCCAGUUCGUCACGACGACAAUCUCCGACCGGAAGGAGACUUUGAGCGUCCUGAGAAAUCUCCGUUUAGACCGGCGGAACGACCUAAGCAGAAACGCCCCGAGGACAAUUUGAAAACUGAAGGAGAGUUUAUCACUCCAGAGAAGCCUCAGUUUAGACCUGCUGAACGACCACAACAAAUUAAACCGCAAGACAACCUUAAGCCAGAGGGCCACUUUGAUCGUCCCGUGCCUGUUACGGUGGGAAAGGCCGACCGAGCGCAAAUCGUCAAGCAUGAAGAUAAUUUGCGCGUCGAAGGCACCUUCGAUCGGGUGGAAAAAACGGUUUAUGUGGCCGGCGAGCGGCCAAAGCCGAUAAAACCGGACGACAACUUGCGGCCGGAAGGACAGUUCGUGACUCCAGAAAAGCAGGCCUAUCGCCCCGGAGAUCGACCGAAGCAGAUUAAGCCGCAGGACAAUCUUCGUCCGGAAGGAGACUUCGAUCGGCCACAGAAAUCAACGGUUGGACCAGGCGAACGUCCGAAGCCCAUCAAGCACGAUGACAACUUGCGCCCGGAGGGUGCGUUUGAGAGGCCGGAGAAAGCUCAGUUCAGACCCGCCGAACGCCCGAAACAAAUACGGCCCGAGGAUAACCUUCGCACCGAGGGCAGCUUUGAGAAACCCGAAAAGCCUCAGUUCCGUCCCGCGGAAAGACCGAAACAGGUGAAACCACAGGAUAAUCUGCAGAUCGAAGGUGACUACAACUCGUUCAAGGAUUACAACGAGCAGAAGCAACGGAAGGAAGCCAUCCUGAAGGAGGUGCAGGAACCGACCAUCGCUGACGGCGCAGUGCUGGUGACGACACAAACUGUCACCACGAUCCUUAAGGGAGACAAAAAGACGCCGACUGGCAGACAAACAACCACAACCGAGGUACAGGAUCAUUCCGCUCGCUCGGAAGAGACUUUCGCUCAUACCCACAAGGAAAGCCAUCAGCUUAGCAGCGAGCACAUCGCUAGCUCCAAUGCCGUAAAGCACACUCAAGCACAGCGCAUUGAAACCAGUAGCAACGAUCAAGAUCGUAGUACACUUCGAUCCACAACGAACCAAACGCAAUCGAUUCAUGACGUUUCUGGGCGAAAUAUUGCCGAAUCGAUGACCACCAAUCGGGUAAAUGGAGCAACGAUGGUGAGCGGGGUUUCCGAAGAGCGCGCCAGUCACAGCGUACAGUCUACGUCGUCCAGCUCAAAAGUCCACAAAUCGUCCUCCUCGAUGCAGCAGCAUUCUGCCGUCAGCAGUACCCAGGAAGCACACCACCGCAUUCAGCACGGAACUCACGGUGACCAAUCCAGCGUGCUGUUGGAGACCCAAAAUGGUGGACCUACGCUCGGUUCGAAUGUACAUUCGCGCGAAAAAGUGACCGGCUCUCAGAUGUCUUCCACCAGCAGCAAACUGGUCGUCGACGGAAAGGUUAUUACGGACAAAUCGGCAACAAGCCAGCACGCUUCCGAGAAGCUAGCGGUCGAUGGCGUUCUCGUAACGGACAAAAGUUUCACCGAAAGGCACCAGAGUGGUUUCGAUGGAAUGGACAGUGUCCAGAAUUUGCAGCAGGGUACAACCACAUCCAUCCAGCACGGGGAUCAUCAAGUACACGAUACAGCCACCAGUUCCAUCGGAGCACAUUCGAUGAAGAAAACACAGAGUCAGACGGUUCGUUCGGGCAACAACAUUACUCACAGUGACUCGACCAAUGGCACGGUUCAUCGGAACGGAACGGUCGGUUCCCACAAACAGUCGACGUCUGGGCAGGCUACGGAAACGCAGGUCAAGAAACUGAUUGGCGGAAAAUGGGUGACGAAGACGAUCAAAACGGAGAGCAAGUCGAGCCAUCACCAGCAUGAAGCAGAACACGCUCUAGCCUCAUCUCAUCGCCAGCAGGGUGUUGCUGCUGACCAGAUGCUGCUAUCGGAGCAGCAAAUACAGAAGCAACACCACAGCUCCACUGGCACCUCGGAAAUGCACACGCUCAGCUCGUCCAGCAGCUCUUCGGUGAUGAAAUCUCAAUCGAGCAGCAAGGUGACCAGCGAAAAGACUACCCAACGAGGAACUGUCGAGAGCGUUACGGCAGCUGGUUCCCCAUCGGGGCGAGCUGGAGGGGCCCGUGGCAGUUCCAGCAUCGUCCUAGGUCAGUCAACCGUUGACAGUGGUGCCUCAUCGCGACGCGCAACAACCCAGCAACAAUCGACCACCACGAAGCUGAUCGGUGGUAAACUGGUUCAAGUUUCCGCUUCAAACGACGGCAACAACAACGCUGCGGCGGGUAAAUCUUCAACCCUCGCACAUUCCGCUACGGAUCACACCUCGAGCAAAACAUCGUCCUCGCACGUGACGCAAUCUAGCAAGACCGAAUCGAGCAGUCACACGACCGACAUGGCAGGUCUUUCCUCCACUACCGCAGCGGCUGGUCAGCACCAUCGGAAGAGCACGUUCGCCUCCAGCGAGAACGUGAACAACGCUAUCCUCUGCCGAGCGGCACAGGGACCACAGGCUGCCACCGGCACCGCGCUGCACGUUACCAACGGCAGCACGAGCAGCAUGAGUGCUUCCGGUUUCAACCAGCGCAAGAGCAUCUCCAACCUCAACGACAGUGCCAUGUACACGACGACCAACCGCACGAGUUACAGCUCGCUGCACCGUCGCGAGAAGGAGUCGGCCGAGGCGCGGAUGCAGAACUAUGUGAAGACCCUGGAAACCGGCACCAUUGCGAGCCGGAACGUCCGCGGACAAGCCUGUCCUCCGCCUUCAUUGGGCGGGCUCGGGCUUAGCAGCGGCAGUGGCAUGAGCACCCACCACCAAAACAUCAGCAGCAGCAACAACAGGAGCAACAACACCACCUCGGUGUCGACCAACAGCUCGUCGGUGGUCAAUCAGAAGGCACUUCGCGACUACCACACGGCCAUGAAUGUGUCGCGCAGCUCGACCAAGGCCAACGCAUCCAGCAUCUCGUUCGGGGACGACAAGUUCCACGGUAACAGCUCGUACAAGGUGCAGUACAUUCAGCAGCACGAAGGACGCUGCCCGGUGGCGGAGCACGACAGCUUGAAGCUGUCGAAGGUCACCAAGCAGCACACGUACUACGUGCGAGACAAGAAGUAAACGGAAGUCCCGAUUCCGUUCUGGCCCCCCAUUUUACGCACUUUAUCUGUUUUGUUUGUCUCUUUAUUCGGCUUGGGCGCUCGCAGCGCCCCCGUUAUCGCAAAGUGUAAUCAUUUUACAUACGCAUAUAAUAGUUAUGUUACAUUUUUUUUUCUCGCAACGACUCAUAUCUAUCACAACGAAUGCGAAAUGCUCGUGACAAAAAGACUAAUUGUUGGCAAUACAUUUUUCGGCAAACUGGGACCGCCUUAACGUGGCCCAUUAACGCAGUUACGCAAUAUUAUC